AUGCGAGUUUUGUCGCCGACAAUUUUACAGAGUGUGCACGAUUUAAUUGAUAAGGGAGGAAAAACGCCGUCGAACAGAGUUCUCGAUCAACUGCAGGAGAAUUUUCCUCGUAUUCCGAAAGAAUCAUUGUACUCGAUAUAUUCUCAACGCAUCAGAAAUAAAUAUGCAGCAGCUGGGAGGAAAUUGACAGAUGACGAUUACUGUGACAAACUGUACGAUGUCUACAAAAAGAGAGUCGAAGAAGGCCUCAAAAUCAAUCAACGGAGACAGCCGGUGAUCCCAAAACUCGCAGAAGAGCGAGGACUUUUUCCUUGGAUGACAUUCAAAGCGAUUGCGACACGAUUUCUAGCGGAAGAAGCUGGCGCUAGCGUUUCGAAGAAGAUUAUUCAACAAUACAUCAAGAAUCCGCAUUCGAUCAAGAAUGUUCAGCUCCAACUAGAGGCGAUAGUUUGCUCAACACAGGACCAGCUACAGGGAAUUAUUACUGAUUCAUUGAGGCACGUUGUUGGAAAGGACUACGAGCAGAUUCUUGAAAGGCAGCUCAAAGAGAAGAAAAUCGCGUAUAUUGACGAAGAAGCCCAACGACGAAUGGGCCAAGACGUUACUCCUGAUUUCCGGCUGACGGUACCUAUAGCUAUAAACGGAAAACCAGUUUGUUGGAUCGAUUCAAAAGCCCUCUUCGGCGACGCUAAAAGCCACAAAUCUUACCUGGACACUCAGCUGCUAUCUUAUUGGAAUCGCUUCGGCCCUGGACUCGUUAUUUACUGGGCUGGCUACGAAGAGAACAUAGAGAAACUCGCUCCCGAAAGCUGCAAUCAUGAGCGAGUAUCAGAAGCUUUCAAGGCCGAGGCUAUCGAGCUCCAGAACGCUGGCCACAGACUUCGAAUCGAUUCAAUCAUCAGCACCACCACUGCCGGAUCUGGUCAUCCUUCUUCUUGCACUUCUGCCGCGGACAUCAUGUCCGUUUGCUUCAAAAAGUACAUGCGAUACGACGUCAGCAACCCAGGAGACGCUGCUGCCGAUCGAUUCGUCCUUUCCAAGGGCCACGCUGCCCCAGUUCUUUACGCCGCGAUGAAGGAAGUCGGUCACUUGACCGAGCCACUCACCAACCUUCGAAAAUAUACAUCUGAUCUCGAGGGCCAUCCGCCAGUGACCCUUCCAUUUGUCGAUGUCGCCACUGGUUCGCUCGGCCAGGGUCUCGCUAACGCUUGUGGAAUGGCUUGGGUUGGAAAGAACGUCGACAAGGCCCCUUACAGAGUCUUCUGCAUGAUGGGAGAUGGUGAAUCGGCCGAAGGAUCCGUCUGGGAGGCGAUGCAGUUUGCCUCUCACUACAAGCUUGAUAACCUUUGUGCCAUCAUCGAUGUCAACCGACUUGGACAGAGUGAAGCGACUGCUCUUGGCCACGAGAUGGAAAUUUACAGAGCGCGAGGUGAAGCCUGGGGAAUGCACACAAUCGUGAUCGAUGGUCACGAUGUGAACGCCAUCGACAAGGCCUUCCAUGAAGCCGAGAUUACUAAAGGAAAACCCACUCUUAUCGUUGCCAAGACUUUCAAGGGUAAACACAUGCCCGAGCAGGAGGAUCGUGACAACUGGCAUGGCAAGCCCAUGAGCCAGGACUUCUGCGACAAAAUCAAGAAACACAUCGAAGGACUCAUGGAAGACACUGAUGCCAAAAUCUCCCCUCGAGCUCCAGUCGCCGCUGUUGAAAACAGAUCCUUCGCCACUGAUGUCAAGCUCUCCUCCCCACCUAGCUACGAGAAGACUGACAAGGUUGCCACUCGAAAGGCUUACGGAACCGCUUUGACCAAGCUCGGCGACUCCUGCGAUCGGGUCAUCGCUUUUGACGGAGACACAAAGAACUCUACCUUCUCCAUCGAUUUCAUGAAGAAAUACCCCGAAAGAUUUGGCGAGUGCUUCAUCGCCGAGCAGCUUCUUGCUGGUGUCACUAUCGGUGCUGCUUGUCGAAACAGAGCUAUUACCUUUGCCUCUACUUUCUCGGCCUUCUUCUCCCGCGCUGCGGAUCAGAUCCGAAUGGGAGCUAUCUCCAAGACUAACGCCAACUUUGUCGGCUCCCACGCUGGUGUCUCCAUCGGAGAAGACGGCCCCUCUCAGAUGGCUCUCGAAGAUCUUGCCUUCUUCCGCGCCAUUCCUGGAUCUACCGUUUUCUACCCAUCUGAUGCUGUCUCCUGCGAGCGAGCGGUUGAAAUCGCCGCCAACACUGAGGGUGUUUGCUUCAUCAGAACCUCUCGGCCAGCCACAGUCAAUGUCCACGCUAAUGAUGCUGAAUUCGCAGCUGGAAAAGCUCACUUUGUCCGAAAGGGUAAAGCCGCUGCUAUUUUCGGAUCUGGAAUCACUCUCCACAACGCUCUUGAAGCCGCCGAGGCCCUCGCAAAGGAAGGCAUUGAGGUCUCCGUCAUUGAUCCAUUCACGAUCAAACCAAUGGACGUGAACGCCGUCAAAGAAGCCGUCGCAGAGACCGGCGGCAAGCUCAUUACAGUCGAAGACCAUUACGCUUAUGGUGGUCUCCACUCUGCAGUCUCCGAAGUCGUCUGCUCUGAAGGCCUCGGCGCCAAGGUCAAAUCGCUCGCUGUUCCCGGCGUCUCCCGAUCCGGUAAGGCCGCCGAGCUUAUGGCCGCUGCCAAAAUUGAUGCCGCAGCUAUCAUCGAAGCCGUCAAAUCUUUUUAA